AUGCCCCCCAAGAAGGCUGACCAGCCCAAGAAGAAGAAGGCCACCGUCGAUGACAAGACCUUUGGCAUGAAAAACAAAAAAGGUGGUGCCGCCAAGAAACAGAUUCAGCAACUGCAGGCUCAAUCGGCCUCCAACAAGACGCCCGAUGACAAGCGGAAAGCCGCCGAGAAGGCCGCACGUGAGGCCGAGAAGAAGGCCGCUGAGGAUGCGAAGCGCGAAGCCGCCAAUCUCUUCAAGCCCGUGCAGGUACAAAGGGUGCCUUUCGGUGUCGACCCGAAGACUGUGCUGUGCAUUUUCCACAAGAAGGGAGGUUGCGACAAGGGCCGCAAAUGCAAGUUCAGUCACGACAUGAACAUCGAGCGGAAGUCUGCCAAGAAGGAUCUGUAUACCGACUCGCGCGAGGAAAACCCCGAGGAGAAGAAGAAGGCCGAUACGAUGGACAACUGGGACGAGGAGAAGCUGCGCAGUGUCGUUCUGAGCAAGCAUGGCAACCCCCGCACCACCACCGACAAGGUCUGCAAAUACUUUAUUGAGGCUGUGGAGAACCAGAAAUACGGUUGGUUCUGGACUUGUCCGAAUGGGGGUGACAAAUGCAUGUACAAGCACAGCUUGCCGCCAGGAUUUGUCCUCAAGACCAAGGAGCAGAAGGCCGCCGAGAAGGCUUUGAUGGACAAGUCGCCGUUGAACACUUUGACACUAGAAGACUGGCUGGAGUCUGAGCGUCACAAGUUGACCGGUACUUUGACACCGGUUACCCCCGAAACCUUCGCCGCUUGGAAGAAGGAUCGUCUCAGCAAGAAGGCCGCCGAGCAAGAGGCCCAGAAGGCCAAGGAUGCCACUGGUCGUGCUAUGUUCGAGGAUGGUGACUGGAAGGAAGAGGAUAGCGAGGACGAUGAGGAUGAUGAUCUUCUGGCUCAAUACCAACAGCAGAUGCAGGAGACUCAGGACGAGGAGGACGAGAAGGAGCGACAACGAUUCGAGGGGCUUAAUAUUAGCAGUGAGGUGACUGCUCAGGCCGCAGGCUGA